AUUUAUCAUGUUUCUAAUAUUUGUUCUUUCUUAAUAGGAUAUGUCACCAUGCUAUGCAUUUGGGGAGACCAAAGCAGCUAUCCAUCAGACACAAAUCUAUUUUCAAGGUCAAAAUUAUCACUGAGGAAGUGGAUGCAUUUCAUUUUCAGAUUUUGUCAAGGAUUAAGGCUAAGACAAAUAGACAUGAUGGAUGACUCAGUGCCUGCCAGUUCAGCAACACUUACAAGAAUGGCCAAAAAAAUAAGAGAUGUGUGUUGGACAGCAAUGCAAAAGCUGAGGAGACAAACUGGCCAGAUGAUUGGAGGAAGAAGAGAAUUUGUAGCAAUAGAUGAAAGCUAUUUUCGACACAAACGAAAGUACGGAAAGGGCAGAAUGGCCGGUGGAUGGAAGAGGAAGAGAUGGGUAUUUGGAAUGUUGGGUGUGCAAAAUAAUGGUGAAAGGAAGCCAGUUCUACGGCUUGUAGAACGCAGAUCAAGGAAGCAUUUAGUCCCCAUCAUUGCUCGGCAUGUGAGAGUAGGCUCGUCUGUUAUCAGUGACGAAUGGCGAGCAUAUCGGAUUUUGCCUCAGUUGGGAUACCACCAUUACACAGUUAACCACAGCAGGAGUUGGGUAGCUCCAAACACAGGUGCCCAUACGCAACAUAUUGAGAGGGCAUGGCGCUCUUACAAAGAGCAGGUCUGGAGGCUGAGGGGGAAUAGAACAGAUAAUUUGUUAUCUGAGCACAUUGCUGUAAUUGAGUGGAUGGAAUGGCUGGCCAGAAAACAUGUUGAUGGGCCAUUAGGAAGGUUGAUCUAUGAUAUAGGGAAACAAUUCAAGUGAUCUGUAGAACCUUGUGGUUAUCAUUGUGGUUUCUUGAUGUUUAUUUAUCUUUUUUUUUUUUUUUUUCAAAUUAAUAUUUGAAACAUUUGGGAUUAAAAUCUGUAACAUUCUCUUGCCCAUACAUGGCCCAGAAUCGGUCUGAUGCAGAAUAAGCCCUUCUUUCAGUACCAAUGGUUUCCACU